AUGAUCCCUCCUGUGAAGCAGGAGCCCGCCGCUGCAGUGGCGAUAGCCCCCACGCCUGUGCAGACGGCAGCACAUGGCGACAACCAGAAGGCAGACGCGGACGCGGCGCUGGAGAUCGCGCUGCAGCCGCCCGAGACGUGGUACAAGGAUCAGUUCGGCCGCAAGGCGACGUUCGAGGUGCGCGUGCGGCGGCGCUCGAGGCUCAGCUGCGCCCAGUGCGCGGCGCAGCGGCUGCUGAGCGUGCAGCUGCUGUACGAGAGCGGCAAGGUGGUGGAGAAGCAGGAGAUCCUGCACGUCAUGGCGGGCCAGUGCCUCAACCAGGACGGGGAGAGCGCGCUCGCUGUUCGCAUCGCCGAAGUGUCCAAGAACCACCUCAACCAGCGGUUCCGGGUGGAGAUUGCGGUGCCGAGGUGUCCUGGUGCAUGUGGCUACAAGACGUCGGUGAUAUCGGACCCAGUGCUGGUAUUGUCGAAGAAGAAGAAACGCCCAGUGAAGCAGACCGCGGAGACGGAGUCGCCCGCGAAGGCGAAGAAGGCGAAGCGCGCGUCUGUGCAAGGAACGCCGAACCGAAAGCUGUCGAGUGACGAGUCGCCCGCCUCAUCGCAGUCGUCGUCCACUGUCACGGGUAAUGUGACGGCGGCGAUAGCAGAGAUGGAGGGGCUGAUGCCGCCGCGGAACUCGGCAUCGAUGGCGCCAUUUACGCCGGACACGCCGAAUUUGUGCUUGUGGGCGAACGCAGCCUUCGAUCUUCUGUACAAGCUGCAGUGGCAGCGCGUGCCUACUAGUUCUGGGGAUAAAUCCGGGGCAAACCUCGAUGAGAUUUUGGCCCAAGCACUGUCGAAGGCGUACAAGUGUCCAUCGUGUCAGGAGACGUACGGACAGGCACCAGCUCACCGGGACGAUUGCGACCUGAAGCUACUGCUGGAUCAAGGAGGGCUGGUGUGUUUAUACUAG